AUGAUGUACCAGGCUUUUCUGCUGACGAUCCCUCUACUGAUGGCGUUUCAGACGUCAAGCACUUCACCACUUGAUUCUGUAAAGAAGAUUGGACCGACAAGCACUCCAAAAGUUGGCAAAGUUGAUGAGAUAAGAAAUAGGGCUCAGUUCAUUGGCAGAAGCUGCAAGGAAGUUCGGGACGUAUAUGGUCAAUCUGAGAAUGGUCUGUACUCCCUGACCACAGCUACUGGGGUGGUGUACCAGACCUUCUGUGACAUGACCACAGCAGGCGGCGGCUGGACUCUGGUGGCAAGCGUGCACGAGGACAACAUCUACGGGGAAGUACACAGUUGGACCAGCCAGCAGGGCAACAACACCAACUGGUCAAAAGGGGAAGGCAACUGGGCCAACAGGAAGACUUUUGGAACAGUGGAGGUAGCCACGGACGAUGACUUCAAGAAUCCUGGCUACUAUGCAAUCAUAGCAGAAGACAUGUCAGUGUGGCACGUUCCCAACAACACUCCGGUCAGCCACUGGAAACUGGCUGCCAUCAUGCGCUACCACACUGAGAGGCGCUUCCUUCAUCUGUACGGGGGAAACCUGUACUACCUCUUCCACCGCUACCCGGUCGAGUACAACGUUGGAAAACACCUGUCCGACAAUGGACCCUCCAUUCCAAUAGUGUAUGACCUUGGGGACAAAGAGUCCACCAAAAUGUUCUACGGCCCUAACACUAGAGGGGAGACUGAGGGAGGCUUUAUCAGUUUCAGAGCCACAAACCAUGAACGGGCGACAACAGCCAUCUGCUCUGGGGUCAAACCCAAAGGCGGUAAUGUUGAACACUACUGUAUUGGUGGUGGUGGGUUUUUCCCUCAGGGUAAUCCUCUUCAGUGUGGGGAUUUCACCUCCUUUGCCUGGAAUGGCUAUGGGACCAAUGUAGGCUGGAGUGCAUCAAAACAGAUGCUGGAGUCAGCUGUGUUACUCUUUUACCGCUAAUUCACAGUGCAUUUACUUUUCUUUGAAUGUUUCAUAGAUUGAUUGAUAGAUUUUUGGGUAAAACAAUUCGUACAGUUUUAAAUGAA